AUGCUAAAGAUUAACUUAGAAUUUCUGUAUAAUAAAAGGAAGGACGCACCAAUACUUAGAGGAAGAGUGUACAGUGUCAAUUUCUUGUUGCAGCCGUUACUCGCAUACACAGUAUUCCAAAAUAAAACCGAUAAAUUAACCAAACUAACUUUUUCAACUUAUUUUAUUUCUUUCUACCUUUGUACCUUGAUUUGUGUUGUUUACCACGGAAGUUCAUGUAAAGUUAUAGAUAGGUCAUUGUAUGCUAGAAUCGACUAUGCAAGUAUUUUCGUGCAAAUUGUUACUAAUUUCCUACCCUCAUUUGUUUACUUCAUAGAGAAUGAUACACAUGUUAUAUUAUCGAUGUUUCACACGUUACUAAACUUCGCUGGUGCUUUCGUAUCCCUGUUCAUGGACUUUAUUGAAACCAGUAGAAGGUUUAGAGUAGUUGUAUUCUGGGUUGGUACGACUUGUACCAACUUUCUUCUGUAUAGUUAUCUAAAGAACAAUAUGUAUGUACCAGCAUCACUCUUCUUACUCACUUACAUCGUAGCUGUCUGUGCUGGGUUGGUCUACUCUUCAGGAAAACCUAAUUUAAUUCCUGGAGUUUUUGAAUUUAUCGAACUCUCACAUUUGCUGUACACCAUUGGCUCAGUGACCCUGUUCUAUGCUCACGCAAUAUCGAUGGGACUGAUAAAACAUGAUUUGUACUAUUUAACAUGA